AUGCGUUUCACCGUUGCUACUGCUGUCGCCGCCAUGGCCUCCGGCGCUGUCGCCGCUCUCACCCACGCUCCCGCUCCCGUUUCCUCGGCGGCCCCCUCCUCCAGCGUGGCUGUCCCCGCUGGCGGUGUUGUCACUGAGACCCUGACCGAGUACACCACCUGGUGCCCCGAGGCUACCGCCAUCACCCACGGUGGUCACACCUACAGCAUCACCACUCCCGGCUACAUCACCAUGACCGGUACCUUCACCGUCACUCGUCCCGUCGUGACCCAGACCGUCACCCAGUGCCACAAGUGCACUUCUGCCGCGCCCGUCCCCACCACCCCCGUCGUGGUCCCCACCAGCGCCGCCGCCGUCACCUCCAUCCCCCUGGUGCCCUCCAUGCCUUCCGGCGCUGCUGCCACCGGCGCUGCCGCUCCCUCAUCCCCCGCUGCCUUCAACGCUGGUUCCACCAACGUUGCUGGUGCCGGUGUCGGUCUCGCCGCCGUCUUCGGUGCCGUUGCCCUCCUCCUGUAA